AUGCUCCGCGACCCCACCGCCGCCCGGUGGCCGCCCCUCCUGCUACUGCUGUUGCAGCUGCCGCCGCCGCCACUUGUCUGCGGCGCCCCGGCAGAGCCGGGAAGCGGGUCGCAGGCCUCGGAGUUACUGGUGCCCACGCGGUUGCCCGGCAGCACGAGCGAGCUCGCCUUCCACCUGUCCGCCUUGGGCCAGGGCUUCGUGCUGCGCCUGGCGCCUGACGCCAGCUUUCUGGCGCCCGAGUUCAAGAUCGAGCGUCUCGGGGGCUCGGGCGCUGCGACCGGGGGCGAACCAGGGUUGCGCGGUUGCUUCUUCUCUGGUACCGUGAAUGGGGAGCGAGAUUCUCUGGCUGCGGUGAGCCUGUGUCGCGGGCUGAGCGGCUCAUUCUUGCUGGCAGGCGAGGAGUUCACUAUCCAGCCACAAGGCGCUGGGGACUCCCUGGACCAGCCUCACCGCCUGCAGCGCUGGGGACCGGGGCAGCGCCGGGAGGACCCCGGGCUCGCUGCCGCCGAAGUCUUUCCCCUCCCUCAAGGACUCGAGUGGGAGGUGGAGAUGGGUAAGGGACAGGGACCGGAGAGAAGUGACAACGAAGAGGACAGGGAGCAGGACAAAGAGGGGUUGCGCAAAGAGACAGAAGACUCUAGCGAAUUGCCACCACCCUUAAGAUUUAAAACUAGGAGCAAACGGUUUGUGUCCGAGGCUCGCUUCGUGGAAACACUGCUGGUGGCUGAUGCGUCCAUGGCUGCCUUCUAUGGAACCGACCUGCAGAACCACAUCCUCACAGUGAUGGCAAUGGCAUCCCGAAUCUACAAGCACCCAAGCAUCAGAAACUCUAUCAACCUCGUGGUGGUAAAAGUGCUAAUAGUGGAAGAGGAAGGCUGGGGCCCCGAGGUGUCGGACAACGGUGGGCUCACACUGCGCAACUUCUGCAGCUGGCAGCGGCGCUUCAACAAGCCCAGCGACCGCCACCCGGAGCAUUAUGACACUGCCAUUUUGUUCACCAGACAGAACUUCUGUGGGAAGGGUGAGCAAUGUGAUACCCUAGGGAUGGCAGACGUCGGCACCAUUUGUGACCCCAACAAGAGCUGCUCCGUGAUCAAGGAUGAGGGACUGCAGGCAGCCUACACUCUGGCCCAUGAGCUAGGGCACGUUCUCAGCAUGCCCCACGACGAUUCAAAGCCCUGUGUGAGACUGUUUGGGCCCAUGGGCAAGUACCACAUGAUGGCGCCAUUCUUCAUCCACGUGAACAAGACGCUGCCCUGGUCUCCCUGCAGUGCCGUAUACCUCACCGAGCUCCUGGAUGACGGUCACGGAGAUUGUCUCCUGGAUGCCCCCUCUUCGGUCCUGCCCCUCCCCACAGGCCUCCCAGGCCAUAGCACCCUCUAUGAGCUGGACCAACAGUGCAAGCAGAUCUUUGGGCCUGAUUUCCGCCACUGCCCCAACACCUCUGUGGAGGACAUCUGUGUGCAGCUCUGGUGCCGCCAUCGGGAUAGUGAUGAGCCCGUUUGCCACACAAAGAACGGCAGCCUGCUCUGGGCGGACGGUACACCCUGUGGCCCUGAGCACCUGUGUCUGCACGGCAGCUGCUUGCUCAAGGAGGAAGUGGAGAAUCCCAAGGCCGUGGUAGAUGGAGACUGGGGUCCAUGGGGACCCUGGGGAGAAUGUUCUCGCACCUGCGGAGGAGGAAUACAGUUUUCCAACCGUGAGUGCGACAAUCCGGUGCCUCAGAAUGGAGGAAGGUUUUGCCUGGGAGAGAGAGUCAAGUACCAGUCCUGCAACACAGAGAAGUGUCCACCAAAUGGCAAAAGCUUCAGGGAGCAGCAGUGCGAGAAAUACAAUGCCUACAACCACACUGAUCUGGAUGGGAAUUUCCUGCAGUGGGUCCCCAAAUAUUCAGGAGUGUCCCCCCGGGACCGAUGCAAACUGUUUUGCAGAGCCCGGGGGAGGAGUGAGUUCAAAGUGUUUGAAGCCAAGGUGAUCGACGGCACUCUGUGUGGGCCGGAUACUCUGUCCAUCUGUGUCCGGGGGCAAUGUGUUAAGGCUGGCUGUGACCAUGUGGUGAACUCACCUAAGAAGCUGGACAAAUGUGGGGUGUGUGGAGGCAAAGGCACUACCUGUAGGAAGGUCUCCGGUUCUUUCACCCCCUACAGUUAUGGCUACAACGACAUUGUCACCAUCCCAGCCGGUGCCACGAACAUCGAUGUGAAACAACGGAGUCACCCAGGGGUCCGGAAUGAUGGCAGCUACCUGGCACUGAAGACAGCCAAUGGGCAGUACCUGCUCAAUGGCAACCUGGCCAUCUCUGCCACAGAGCAGGACAUCUUGCUGAAGGGGACCAUCCUGAAGUACAGUGGUUCAAUGGCUACCCUGGAGAGACUGCAGAGCUUCCAGGCCCUGCCAGAGCCACUCACCGUACAGCUCCUGACAGUGUCUGGCGAGGUCUUUCCCCCCAAAGUGAAAUACACCUUCUUUGUUCCCAAUGACAUGGACCUCAGCGCACAGAAUAGCAAAGAGAGAGCAACCACCAACAUCAUCCAGCCAUUGCCCCAUGCAGAGUGGGUGCUCGGGGACUGGUCUGAAUGUCCCAGCACUUGUGGAGGCAGCUGGCAUCGGCGGACUGUGGAGUGCAGGGACCCCUCAGGUCAGGCCUCUGACACCUGUGAUGAGGCUCUGAAACCUGAAGAUGCUAAGCCCUGUGGAAGCCAGCCAUGUCCCUUAUGA